ACGCGUGGACGAUGUGGCAGCAUGCCCUCCCGGAGUCGCACAAGUAGUGAAGGAUCUAUGCAGACUGGGCCUAACAAGCUUCCGCCAAACUGCAGUCAUCAGAUGGAUGGUCCACACCCGGGAUCUGUGUGUCUUCAUCCCAUCACUCGGCCUAAAUCAAUGUACUCAUCAUCUCUCUCCUCGUCAUGCUCUCCGCCUUGUGCUUCUGCUUUGUUCAGUCCCAGCUCAAGUGAGUCCAUGGAGUCAACUGCAUCCGUAGAGGACUUUGAUGGCCUGCAUUCUCAUACUCCAGAAACUGCUGUAGAUAACUCCAAUGGUGAGGAGGAUUAUAUGUCAAUGGAGGCUGGCUUGGAGAGCAAUAUGAGCCAGCAUCGGGACCAUCCACAGCCACCCUUCUCCCUCCCUAUUGGCAGCACGCGGAGUUAUGUUCAUUCCCUAAGCAAAGGUCUCAUCUCUCCUGUAAGUGGUAGCAGCACGGAAGGUCCAUGCCUCUCGUCUCCUCAAGAUCAGUACUUGGAGAUGUUAAGCCCCCUAGAGCGUGCACAGGAAGGCCUAUUUGGCUCAGUGUCAGAAAGGUCAGCAUAUCUGUGCAUGGAUCUUACCCCCAAUCAGCCUUCAGGAAGUUCAGGUCCCGAAAACUCUGGGUACUUGUCCAUGGCGCCGCUCAAUUCCCCUGGAUCAUCCCUCCCGGCCUGGCAAUCACACCCUUCUAGUCAGGUAUCAUCACCACCCCAUUCUGCCAACCAUUCUCGCAUCCCCAGCCUAGUGGAUGAAAAUACUGAUAGUUACCUCUCUAUGGUGCCUGGAGGACACGGAGACGCCACGACCACCUCUAGUGACACUUACGCUCGAGACCGCUCCCGCAGCUACCUCGAUAUGACUCCUACACCUGCUGUUCCUACACCCAUCCCAUGUAGCCCAUCUGAUGGUAUGGUUCAACACAGAGGAGGAGGUGACUCUUUCCCUGAGAUGUCCCCCGGAAGCAGUUGUUCCUUCACCUCAGGAACUCCCUCCUCUGACCAUCGCUUUCAUGAUUUCAUAGCUGAGAAGAGUGGGAAUGGGUCCUACUGUGGUUAUUCGGAAGAUGAUGACUCCUCUCUUGACAGACCUCACAGAACCAAUUCUGUUGGUUCUAAACCUGAACAAUUCCGAAGUCGUAAAAAUAGACUGGAGGUGAGCCCAGCUGAACCUGCCCGUGUACGAGCCUUCUCUGUGGGGUCACGUGUGAGCCUCAGGCUAGCGGGUGGCAGAGCCGGCCAGGUGGCAGGUGGCACAGCAACUGCCACUUCUGCCUCUGUCACCGAGUUCUCACCUUCUAUUAAGGAGAAGGGAAAACAAGUGAAAAGCAAAUCAUCAAGCGCGCCAAUUCUGGGGACGUCGCCUAUCUCCAACUCGUGGUCAGGGACCCCUGGGACAUUCUUCCGGGGCUUCCUCCAAGCACGGAACCAAGAGCGGAACAACGACCUGAUGGAGUUUGACUUCACCAAGAACAAGAGCUGCGACAGUAUAUCAGCUGAGAAGGAGAAAAAGAGUAGUAGUAUAGAGAGCAUUAAGAGAACCUUCACAGGACAGAGACAUCGUUCCAAUUCCAAGUCCUCAGGGAAUGGCAAAUCUUCAGUUUUUGAUUCUAUGAAAAGAGACAAAAAGAAAUCAGAAAGUGAGUUGUCUGCCAAGGGUAUGGAGAUCCCGGAGGGUAAGAGUCCCUUUGAGCUUGAUUUUACACCGAGUCCUCGUGGAGGUGGUUCAGAUGUUUGUGAUGGGUACUUGCCUAUGAAUUUGAGGCCUGCGGUCUCCAGUGGUCAGUCCUCUGCAAACUCUGAAUACCUAGAGAUGAACAGCAAAGAUUUCUUAAGGGGACAUGGUUUAAAUGACCCAUACUUAGAUAUGUCUAAAAGCAGUGACAGAUUAGUUUCCUCACUGAGUACCUCAGGGCCAAACGAUGGUUAUGUGGACAUGAGUCAAGGCAAAGGUCUGGGGACGCUUCCUCUCACACCUGUAUCCUCGUCCUCCACAACUUCCAACAGCUCAUCUUCCAUUGGUGCUAGAGUCAGAAAGAUUUCGUCCACAUUUAAUCCAUUGUCUUCCCAAGACUUUUCUUCACAGCAGGACGAGUACAUGCCCAUUGACCUCCGUGGCAGUUUUGAAUCUUCCCAUUCUCUUGAUGGAGAGAAGAGUAAGAAAAAGAAAAGCAGUAAGAGAAAGUCAUUUAAGGACAGCACCAAACGCAAGAAAUCAGACCCAAUAGCAGUAAUGGGGAAGGGAAGUGAUGGGGAGAAUGCCCAGGAAAGUAGCAAAAAAGGAACAAGUCCCUUAUCCUCUCUCUCAACCUUCUUAGGUCGAAAGAAUUCCUCAGGCACCCCUCCUAAGACCCCGCUUUCACCUACUGGUAGUCCACUUCCUAAGUCCAGUCGAGGAACUCCUAGUCCAUUUUCGAGUCUAACACGCAAGAAAAGUGAAAGUAAGGAUAGUAGUAAAGAUGGAGCAGCAAAGGAAAGUUCUGGGGGCUCAUCAAGUGUAAGCUCAGGCAUCGGCACAAGUUGCAUUAGAGAAUCGAGUAGAGAAGCAGAGGAGAGUGCCAUAUCAGGUGAUAGCUCGAGCGUCGCCUCAUCCUCACAGACAGUUCCUAAUAGUGGUGACCAGCAGAAUAAACAAACAACUAACAACAGCGGUGGUAGCAAGAGAACUUCAGGGAUAUUUGAAACGUUAUCUCAGGCAGACACUAAGCUGGAGGAAAAGCAGAGAAAUAUAGGCUUAGAGUCAGGUAACACUGAUGUUUCUGUCAACAGUCAGCAGCAACAUUUAAAUAUUAAUAGCAAUGAUAUGGGGGCAUAUGUAAACUUAUCACUAGGCAGCUCAGAUAAGAAUUUAAAUGUCGAGAAUAAACAACGAAAAGUAUCCACAGGCUCAGUAUCAUCAGACUACAUGAAUGUUUCUCCAAUGUCAGCAUGUAAAACACCUGAGACACCAUCUGACCCUCAGCAACCACGUGAGUAUGUGAACAUGUGCCCAGGAGGUCGCCCAGAGUCACACAGCACCUCUCUGAUUCCACCACAGCCUGCACCUAUGCCAGGCACGGUUUCCCCUAAGAGGAAAACCAGUCUUACAUCGAAGGGUGAAUCUAGUGAAAAGAGUAGUCCCAGUUUAGGAUAUGGGGGUUCUAGAGAUCAGAAUCGUCGUGACAGUAAGCGGUUAAGUGGCAGUAAUUAUGGAGAAGAGAACGAUGGUGGUAGUGGGGAAAGUGGGUAUUUGUUAAUGACCCCAGGACAAACCCCGCCGAAACCUGUUUCUCCUCGCACAGUAACUCGUCGACCAGACAUUCCCUCAGCUCUCCUUGGUGGCCGUCCUGAUGCCAGCCUCUCUGCCACCUUGGAGCGGCUAAACUUAGGCAGCUCUGGAGGUAGUGCCACGAGUGAAAGAUGUCGGAGUCACAGUGGCCCAGGUGCCCCUGAGAGUUCUGCAGUAGGUGGCGAGGUGCGGGUAAAAAAACAAUUAUCAGAACCAAGAGCUGGGUCAGGGAGCCAAGGGAGUAGUGGUCGGGCAGCAUCAGCAUGCUCAUCACCUGUGUCAUAUUCACCACCUACAUCUCCGACCCUAAGAGGUUCUGUAUCAUCUGUGUCAUCGUUAAGUGAAGGUGGUCUUUCUUCAGCAUCUUCCACCUGCACUGUGGUUAAUGUGGGUGUUGGACGGCGGGAGAGUGGGCUUGGGGGGUCAGGCCGGGCCCAGGAGACGCCGGUUGAUUCUACAUCCCACGCUAGUGUCUCCUCUUCCUCUUCCAGUCAGCAGUCGACUUCAACAGCUAGCAGUGGCUGCAGCAGUGGAGACAGUGGACUAAAUUAUGUCUCUUUGGAUUUAGCUCCAGCUCGUUGUGAGGGCGUGAUGCCUUCACCUCUAGCUGGCCGCCGGUCUACAAGUGGGGCUGGAGUUCCUCAUACUGCGUGUCUCCAAGAACCUGCGGUUGGGGAGGAAGACGAACCCCUCAGUUAUGCUCAAAUAGACUUCACCAAGAGUGAGGGUUUGCGUACUACCUCCCUUACCCGCGACAAACGACACUAACAUCCCCACCUCAUUUACACAUGCCUCUCCCUUUACUCCCACACCCACGCAAAUCAAAACUGUAUAGAUGAUUUAUAAGAUUAAGUACAUAAGUUAAAUAAAAGUAA